AUGACAAAGUUCCCUGAAAAGGAAAGUUUUAGAAUUUUCAAAGAAAAGAUGACAAAUAUGAUUGUUAAAGAAAAAACUGAAAGCAAAACACUUUUUAAUUUUCCAAUUAAUGAAACUGGAGUUGAAGGAAUCAAUUUGACACCAAUAAUGGGUCAAAAAACAAAUGAUCAAACAGAAAAUGAAGAUAAAGAGGGAAAUGGUGAAGAAGAUAGUGAUAAUGGUGCAAGUCAACCAGAAGUAGAUUAUUUGCUUGAUUCAAAUGAAGCAGAUAAUGAAGAAAUAAAGAAUAAUGCAGAUAAGAAUAAAAAAAAAGGUGAAAUUGGAUUAAAUGAGAAAGAUGGAAAGAGGAAUGAAAAUGAGAAUGAUGAAGAGGAAAAAGAUGAUCAUGCUGAGGAAACAAAUAAUCAUGAGGAGACUAUUCAACAAACUGAAAAUGAAAAUUUAUUGGAUAAAGUUGUUGAUAACAUUGUGGACAAUGUCCUUGGAAUUGGAAUUUCAAGGUCACCAAUGAGUACAUGUAAAACUAAUACUCUUGUAGAAAAGGAAAAAUCAGAAGGUGUACAUGAACAAGGAACAAAAGUUGAAAAAACAAAGGGAGAUGAUACAGAUAGAAAUGAAGGAGGAACAGAAGCUAAGAACACGAAAGAUGGAGGUGAAGAAAAACAUACAGAAACUGAGAAAGGAAAUGCAGAAGAUAAAGAUACUCAUCCAAGCUUUAGUCCAGGUCUUAGUCAAGAUUCAUAUCAAACUUCAAGUAAAAAAUCUAAUGAAUCUUCACCAAAAAAACCACUUACAAAGAAACAAAUUAAAGACAUCCAUCAGAAGGUUGUUAUCAGAUUAGCAAAGAAAAAUGUUCUUAAUCCAAAUCCAAUCUUUGUAUCAAUUCCUACUGAAGUAGGACCAUCAAAACAUGAUCUGGAUCAACCAAGAGAGAAGAAACUUGCUAAUGCUUUCAAAUCACCUUUCAAGUGCAAAAUAACAGACACAAAACCCAAACUGACACAUCAGGAGAGUAUUGUCUGUGAAUGGCUGUUCAGCUUACAAGGCAAUACAUCAGAUGUGGUUGUCCAGACAAAAUAUGGUCAGAUAAUAGAAAGGACUGCUUAUCUAACUUCAACAUUGUCUAAUGAAAGAAAGUAUGAAAAAUUCAAGGAGAACUUUCAUGAGAGUACCAAUGGGUACAAAAAAAUCUUGAACAUAAAUGAUAUUGACAUGGCUAAGGUGGUGGAUCUUGCUGAAAAAUAUCAAAAAGUUGAAUUCAAAGUGCGUACUGAUCAUGCAUACAAGGCUAUGCAAACAAUUCAAAAAAGGUUAAAAGAAUAUUGA